AACUAUCUUGUCAAAAUUUCCCCGAUGCGAGAGCAUCAAAAUUCCAAAUUCGCGAUCGAAAUUAUGAUCAAAAUUUAAAGUAAAUCAGCGCGCUUUUUUACCGAUCCAAAUCGCCCGUUCGACGACAUGUCUCCCCCGUGCGUUCCCUGCGGCAGCCCGUGCGGUCCCUCCGGCCCGUGCGGCCCCUGCGGCGCGCCGCCCGGCCUGUGCUGCUCGCCCGCCUACGGCCCGACGUGCAUGGGGCCCACGAAUCCCAUGUGCGGCCCCGCGCCGCCGCCCUGCCUGCCCCUGUGCGGCCCCUCGUGCAAGCCUUGCAUCCCGUGCCGACCCCCGAAAAUGAUGGUGUGCUACCGACGGCCCAAAGUGAAAAUCAUCUGCGGCAAACGGCCGAGAUCCAGGGAAAUCAAAGGCGGUGUCAUGAUGUUUGGGUGCCAUUGCGAGAAACGUAAUGGAUUACAGGACAGGUGCCAACGACAGGCAUGCUUGGGGGCUCCUGAGUGUAUGACGAAACCCUACGCGUCUUGCGGUCCUAGUAUGUACGCGAACGGGCAACAUCUACCGCUGCGCUACAAAGAUCCGGGUAUAGAAGAAUGCCCCACGUAUCCGGCAUUUAUUAGGCAAACUCCGCCUCGUGGGUGCGGACCUAAAAGUAACUACGGUCCGUACGGGCCUUGUCUGCCGGUCUGUUCGCCCACUCCGCCUCCGUGCAGUCCCCCCAUGUUGCCUCCCAUUUGUCCUCCUUGCGGUCCCAGCAGUCCUCCUUGCGGUGUUCCUUGUGGACCGAUUCCCUGCGGUUCCAUUCCACCUUGCAGCGCCGCUCCGUGCGGCCAAUUCCCCAGCGCCGUACCACAAACUAUGCCUUGUGUGGCCCCUUGCGGUCCCUCACCGCCUGGAGCUUGUCCUUUGUGCUCGCCCUGUCCUGCAGCUUCGUCUUGUCCAGGUCCCUGCGGUCCAGGUCCUUGUGGUCCAUGCGGUCCUUGUGGUCCUUGUGGUCCAUGUGGUCCUUGUGGUCCAUGUGGUCCAUGUGGUCCAUGUGGCCCUUGCGGUCCUUGCGGUCCUUGCUAGGUAUCUUUCUCAGUAUGGGAGAAGUAGAAUGAGGAACUUUGAGAUGAUUACAAUUAGAAUUCUAACAAUCAUACACAUUUUACUUGUGAUGCUGUACUUAAAAGUAGUUACAGAACUACUAUAAACACUGUUUCAUAUUUUUUUAAUGUUCUGCAAAUAAACGAAACCAUAUUAA